AUGGAUAUAGAAUGUUCAUAUAAAAAUAAAAACACAGUUUUAGUUGAAUAUUAUAAAAAAGAAAUAGAUGAAAUUAUAAAUUUAAUUAAAAAAAAUAACUUUUGUUUUAUUUUUUUUGGAAAAAAUAACUAUCAUAAAUAUUAUAUUUUAGAACAUAUAGCAAAACAAUUGAAUUAUCAAAUCAUAUCAAAACAACAACAAACACCCACAAAGAAAGAAAAUUUUUUUAAUAUUCAAUUUCUCGAAACUUGUAAAAACUAUGAAAUUAUUAUAAAAAAAAAUCAAUCACCCGAAACCUUUAAAAUUUUAAAAUUUUCAAAUAGAAGUUUUGAAGAAAUUAUUGGAACUUUAAAAAAAAUAUAUACAAAUUUUGAAAGCAAAAACUUUUUUAAUGAAGAUAAUAUGGCCAUAUUUAAAAAUUUUUAUAAAUCAUACAAUACAAUAGAAAGUUUUAUUAUACUCUUUGAUUAUAUAAUAAAUAGUGAGGAUUUGUCAAAUUUAGAAAAAUUUAUAAAUUUAUAUUUUUAA